AUGACCACAACAACAGAAAUGGAGACAACAAAGACUUCGACAUCACUGAUGGACAACAGUAUCACCAAUAAGUGUAAAGUGUUGUUUAAAAUCGACAACUUUUCUGAUGAAUUUAAAGACGAAUGGAUGACAAGUUUUAAAAGUGAAAUCUUUACCAUUGGAUCCGAUAAAUGGCUAAUUAAUAUACAUUGUCUUAAUGAAGACAUCGGUCUGUUAUUGCAUUUGGUUCAGUCAUACGAGUCAUCGGUUUCGGUUGAAUACGACAUGUAUAUCGUCGACAACAAUAACCAGAUAUAUGGCAAACAAACCCAUAAUCAGGUUUUCGAGAAGAUAAUGGGCAGAGGUUUCGAAAAGUUUAUCGAUAAACAAAAAUUAAUGGACAAUAAGGACCGACUAUUACCGAACAAUGCCAUCACUGUUGCCGUCGAAAUGACUGUCCAUAAGAAAAAUGAUUGCAUCAGAAGUUUCAAUUGUAAGCAUUUGUUUGGUGUCCGCGAACUAAGCGAUUGUCGACUGAUUGUCGGCAAAGACAAUAAAGAGUUUUUCGCCUCGAAGUUUGUUCUCAGCUCUCAGUCGGUAGUCUUCCAAAAGAUGUUUACCACUGAUUGUUUGGAACAGACAACCAAUGAAGUGGUCAUCGAUGACAUCGAAAGCGAUGUCUUUGAAAUAUUUUUGCAAUAUUUAUACACUGGAGAGUGCGACCAAUUGAACAAAUGGUAUAACAAGUUGUUAAUCGUCGCCAACAAGUAUUUGGUCGGAUCGCUGAAGACUAUAUGUCUUAAUAGGUAUUACAUGAAAAUCAAUGGCGAGAAUGCAAUCGAAACACUGAAACUAUUUGAAGACUUUGGCGCCGAUAAAGAUCUUAUGGAAAAAACAUAUGAAUUUUUUGUCAAAAAUCUCGGUUCAGUUUUUGAGACCAAUUGUUCGACAAUUUAUGUUUCGGUUUCACAAAUAAUACAACAGUUCUAA